AUAUGACAACUGUGGUGGGUGAUAUUGUUCCAGCAUUAAUUUGCCUUUUACGCGCAAUUUAUAUAGGACGAUAUAUAGGUUAAUUAUCCCCAAAAAAGGCGCUUCCAGAAAACAUAACUCGUGAAGAAAAGGUGCAACUAUAGCUUCACCCUGUGCAUGUUUUAGAAGGAGGAUUGCAGAGAGGAGGAGAUGCGGUUAUAGGGAGUAGGCAGCUCAAAGGGCAGUUUCAGAUGGCUCAUAUUCCGCCGUAUGUAACUGUACUGUGCAGAGAUAGCAGCGGUGGAGCAGCAAAGCGGACGCACCCUCAGCAUCUGCAGCAGCACAUCAGCGCGUCCAGCCGGGCUCUUCACCCGUUGGGUAGAAAAGCGCGCAAAGAGUCCAGGAAACGCUCUGAGACGCAGGCUUUUUCCCAAGGAACGGACAUGAGAUUCCACAAGUAAUACGCGUAAAACUGAUGUGGACUAAAAAAAAAACUAAUUUUCUUUUCACUUUUCUGCUCAGUUGUGUUUCCUCAUUCAUUGUGCGCCCCUAUGAAGAGCAUUAACUAUCCCUCCCUCCAAUCCCAUUGAAAAGGCAGCGAGGAAAAGAAAAAAAAAACAGAAGGAGAUGAGAGCAGCAAAUCCCUUUUUUAUUCCUCUCGUAGCGCUCAAUAAGAGAAGAAUGUGUUGCCUAUCAGUCACCGAGGGGAUCAAAUCUUCGGGACUGUCCCACGCGUUCAUUGCGUCUCGCAAAGCAUCACUGAGAGAGACAGAGUAAAGAGGACAGCAGCAGCAUCCUGCCUGGACACUUCACAUCAUUCAACAACCUGCUUCCACUCAGGAUCCAUUUAAGUCAAUUAGGACCAUCUCAACGGAUGUUUGAAAGGAAGCCACGAUGAGGAGUCUGGCUCUGCUGUUGGGAGUGAAAGCCGCCUGCAUCCUCUUGGUGUCUUCGCUCUCCCGCACGGGGGCCGUGAACAACAGCGGCCGGUGGUGGGGUAUUGUCAAUGUGGCUUCCUCAUCCAACCUCCUUACCAAUUCCAAAAGUGUUCAGUUGGUCCUGGACCCCAGCCUGGCCCUCCUGAGUCGUCGUCAGCGCAGGCUGAUUCGGCAGAAUCCUGGCAUCCUACAUGCCAUCGCAGCAGGGCUGCACACUGCCAUAAAGGAGUGCAAAUGGCAGUUCCGCAGCCGCCGCUGGAACUGCCCAACCACCCACGGUUCAGCAGUUUUUGGCAAAAUUGUCAACCGUGGUUGCAGAGAAACUGCGUUUUUAUUUGCCAUCACCAGCGCCGGAGUAACCCAUGCUGUUGCUCGAUCUUGCUCAGAAGGAGCUAUUGAGUCGUGCACAUGUGAUUAUCGGCGCAGAGGUCCUGGAGGCCCAGACUGGCACUGGGGGGGCUGCAGUGACAAUGUGGAUUUUGGAAGGAUGUUCAGCCGUGAGUUUGCAGACUCCAGUGAGAAGGGCAGGGAUCUGCGUUACCUCACCAACCUGCACAACAACAAAGCUGGAAGAAUGAUUGUCUCCUCAGAGAUGCGCCAGGAGUGUAAGUGCCAUGGCAUGUCCGGCUCCUGCACAGUGCGGACCUGUUGGAUGCGCCUGCCAAGUUUCCGCACGGUGGGAGAUUUUCUCAAGGAACGCUUUGACGGGGCAUCCAGAGUUGUGUAUGCCAACAAGGGCAGCAACCGUGCCUCUCACCGAGCUGAACCCAGACAUCUGGAACCAGAAAACCCAGCCCACAAACCCCCUUCAUCCAUGGACUUGGUCUACUUUGAGAAAUCACCAAACUUCUGCUCCUACAAUGGCAAAACUGGCACUUUGGGAACCUCUGGGAGAACAUGUAACAGCUCCUCUCCAGGUCUGGAUGGGUGUGAGCUGCUGUGCUGCGGACGUGGAUUUAAGGCCCAGACUGAGAGUGUGACCGAACGCUGCCACUGCACGUUCCACUGGUGCUGUCACGUCAGCUGCUUGAACUGCACCAGCACCAGGACAUUACAUCAGUGUCUAUGAUUAAAGUUAGGAGAUCUGGGUGGUUAUUUGGGCAUGUAUCGGAGGGGAAAAAAAAGAACUUUUUAUCUAAGCAGAAGAAGCAGAGGCUCUUAGCCGAGUUGACUGGAGGAGAAUAAAAAGUUUAUAUUCAGGUAAUAUAAAACAAAAACUUUACCCUUGUCUCAGAAAUAGAUAGUAAAGCACAAAUCUAUGAACAGGGUAUACAGGUGCUUAUGUUUGCCUUUAUUUCUAACAAAUAUUUGGACACAAAUUUAUGUUUAAGAGAAAUUCCUCAAAACCCUGAGGUGUUUACACUAAGAAUGAUAUUGGAAUAAAAGGAUUUAGAGAAAGAUUUUUGCAGCCAUUCAUGGAUGUCUGUGUAGCCACAGAGCAGGGGGCUACAGAUGCACCCUUAUUACCAGGAUAGCAACACACUUAGCUGUCCCCUUGUUUACACAGAACUGGGAUGCUUCUGAUUUUCUUUGGAUUCUGCCACCUUUUCAAAAUAAAUUUCCAAAACAAAUUUGCCACUUAAAGCAACCACAGAAUUGUAAAGGUGUUUGUCUAGGAAAAAUGCAGAUAAAGUGAUCAGGAGCAGCAAGGAAACUGCAUAAUUUUAAUAAUUUUAUGAAUAUAUAGAAUGUUUUUUUUUUUUCAAAUGUUUGAGAAACAUGUUAAAUAUGAAGAAUGAAAACUGGCACUAAUCAACAAUGAGCAGUGAUGUGAGAAAAAAUAGAAGCAUCCAACAUUAAAUUCAAAAUCGUAUGUGUUUAAAAAAUGUUUAACAUGUAGCAAACUUUUUACAAAUAAUUAAACUGCCAUUUAGAUUUUUGUGCGGCCUUGGUGAAGCCUUUAUCUCUGAACCUCCCUAACCAAAUAUAAGCAGUUAUCUAAGUUUCUGGGACAGAAUCAAAUGCGGUGCAGUUGGUAGGAAGCAGGAAACCUUGUCUCUUCCAUCCCAUCCUCCCACUUCUAAUUCUGCCCUGGGCUUCUGCCCAUGUGGACCAUAUCACAAACUGCCACUGGAUGCAAGUAUUAUCAUAUGAGAAUAUAUUUAUAAAAGUGUCGCUUUCUUUUUGCUAAACGUUUAAUGCGCCCAUAAGUGACUGUACAGCAUGACUGGAGUCAAGUCAGGACACAUAGAGACAUUUUUUUUAAAAUCAAUUUUCGCUUUAAUAAAACAGACAAAUGUUGACUCUUGCUAGAACCAGAGAAUAUUUGUGCUAUUUUUUCUGCUCAAAACACUUGUUUGUUUGGUCAUGCACUGAAUAUUUACUUUUUUAUGAGUGUAAAUGCAAAUAUUUAUUUUUAAUGAUUUUAUACUGUUAUAGAUUAUUGUAA